GCCUUCGCUUCCCUUCCACACCUUCCGCCCUCUCUCUCUCUCUCUCUCUCUCUCUCUCUCUCUCUCUCAUCAGGUCAGCAGGUCUCGUGCGCGCCCGGCUUUCCUCUCCUCGCGCCGCACGACGCGAGCGCGGUCGGCGAUGGCCAAGGCGCGCAGGUCGCCGUUCGCCGCCGCUGAGCGGUUCCUCGGCUUCCCCCGCGGCGGGCCGUCGCCGGGGGCCGUGGCGCCGGCGCCCGCCGCCUUCGACGACCUGCCGGACCUCGCCGAGGCCGACGUCUGGUACUCGGCCGCCGCCGCCGCCGCCACCAACGACCCGGGGAGCCCACGCGCCACGGCGUCCAGGCAGGUGGAGGCGGCGGAGGGCAGGCGCGGCCCGCGGCAGGGCGGCCUGAGCCGGGCGUUCGGCGACGGGCCCGGGCGGCAGGCGGCGGCGUCGGCUCCCGUCGAGGUGCCCGCGUGGCCCGCCCGCUUCGCGUUCCCGGACGCGGACCCGUCGCUGCUGUUCGAGAUGGAGAUGGGGGGCGACGACCACGACGAAGGGCGGGAGGGGGACGACGGCAGGCAGGGGCAGGGCGCCGGGUGGGUGCCGCCGCACGUGUACCUGGCGCGGCGGCAGGCGCGGGCGUCCGUGGUGGAGGGCGCCGGCCGGACGCUCAAGGGCCGGGACAUGUCGCGGGUGCGCGACGCCGUCUGGAGCCGGACGGGCUUCGACGGGUAGUGUGGACGAGCGAGCGAAGCGAGCCCUUGGACAGAUUUUUGAUCUCCCUUUGCUUCCUCCUCUUUCUUCAUUCUCUCUCUCAGAUUUCUCUCCCUGC